GCAGUCGGAGCUUGCAUGACUUUUCGCUGUUCCCCUUCGGCAUUCUCGGACUACAAUCCCACAAUCCCUUUGGGUCGGGAUGCCCAUGGCGAGGAGCGAUGACUGAGGAGUUUGAUGAAGAAGUGGUGUUCGAGAAUUCUCCGUUGUUCCAGUACUUGCAGGAUCUAGGCCACACAGACUUCGAGGCAUGUCCGUCGCUUUCACAGGAGGAAGAACGGUGCCCCGAAGGGGAGGAGGGGCACCCCCAGCAGGAUGCCCCCCCCUCGCCCAGAGAAAGCCUAUUCUGGAGACUGGCUGAUGCCGUGAGAAAGCUGAACCCCUUCCACCAAGGUGUCAUGUCUGACAGUCUGGAGCAACAGCUGGACGUGGCUUUUCAGCAGUACUCGCUGCGCACCAUUCUGGAACAGGACGUGCUCCUCCAGGAAGAUGUGGAGCUCAUCGAGCUGCUGGACCCCAGCAUCCUUACCACGGGCUCGUCGUCUUCCUCCCCCAGCCGUCCUCAUACUGUUGCCCCACGUUUCCUCGCCACACCUUCCCUCUGGGAUGUGUCCGUGCUUGUGGGCUUCGUAGCUGUGCUGAUGGGCCUACUGGUGCUGGAGAACGGGCUGGGCCUGGCGGCGUCGCUGUCCCUGCUGAUGCUCCUGGGGGCCCUGGCUGUGCUGCGGGGGCGGAGCCUGUGGCAGGCAACAUGUCUGCAGAAGACCAUGUGUCUCCAGCAGGAGAAGCUGGAACAGCUGGCCAUCAGCAGCCGCACCCUGACCAGCCUGGCACGCAAGUCGCUGCGGCUCAUCCAGGAGACGGAGGUCAUUUCCCGCGGAUUCACGCUUUUGCUCGACAGGGUCAGUGCGGCCUGUCCCUUUAAGAAGGCCGGGCAGCCUCGCGGCCAGCAGCUGCUGGGCCUGAGGAAAGCCUUCUACAAAGCCGUGAGAGCCGCCUUCCGCGCUGCCCGCCUGGCCACCUGCCACAUGCUCAAGUCGUACCCCUUGACCCUGGAGAUUGACAACGUGACAAACUACGUUUCUACGGUGCCGCUGAGGGAGCUGGGCCUAGGCCUGGGGGAGGAGCCUCUGUCUGACGAACAGGCGCAGGAACUGACUGACGACUACAGCCUCCCUGCCCUCAAGGUGCUCUUCCAGCUGUGGGUCAGCCAGAGCUCCGAGUUCUUCCGUCGCCUAGCGCUACUUCUGUCGCCUGGCCGGGAGGAGGAGCCACCCUGGCGUGCCAGCAGGGGGCUGGCGUACCGGGCCAUCAACAGGCUGACGGAGCCACUGCAUGGGGUGCUGUCCCGCAGCCUGGGCGACCUGCAGCGCAGCUACGACUUCCACCGCUACUUCGAGAUGCAGCUGCAGGCGCACAGCUCCGAUCGGGUUGGCCGCGCCCGCCAGAAGUGCUGUGAGCUUAACAGCCUGCACACGUCCGUCCGGAGCCUGCAGCUCCACCUCAAGGCCCUUCUCAACGAAGUGAUAAUACUGGAGGACGAGCUGGAAAAACUGAUGGUUUCCCGGGAGACGAUGGAGAUGACCCGGGUGGGCUACCAGGAGCUUCAGGACAGGCUGCGUUUCCUGCAGCCCCACAUGCAGGCCAGCGCGAGCUGCUGGGAGGAGACGGUGGCACAGGUGGAGCGAAUGCUGUGCCGAGCGACCAACUGCCCAGGAACCCCCGAGUCUCCAGAGGAGAGGACCUUCACCCUCCUGGCCCCCCCGCCACGCCCGAUCACCCUCAUCCAGGACCAAGACCCCGUCCCCGAGGAGCAGGAGCUGGAGGCGUAUGCCUCGGACUCGGACUCAGACGGGGAGUGGCGGUGCUCCGCCUCAGACCGGCUGACCUCGGAGGAGCGAGAUCAGCAAAGGCGAGAGCAGGAGUCGUCGCGGCGUGUCCUGCUGGAGCUGAAGUCCGUGCUGGGCCUGCGCGCCUCUGACGUCGAGCGGCAGAAGUGGAAACAGCUGCUCUUCAGCGAUCGAGCUGCCCUGAUGCCUAUAGCACCUGCAACAUUGAUGGAACCCUGCGGGUAUGUGGACCCUUCCCCUCUGGACCCAGGGGGCGGGGUCAGAAACAAUGUGGAGGGUGAGAAUCGGGCACCAGAGCAGGACACAGAAGAAUCAGAUCCCUUACCUACGAGGGCAGAGACAGAGUUCUGCUGUGGACAGUCGGAGGUGGGAGAGGACAAGGCCUGCGCAGGUAUUCCUGAUGACAAAGGAGAGACCGUCCAUUACCAGUAUGAUGGAACUGAGGGGGAGGGAGACGGGGAGGGAGGAACAGGGCGCCCCCUGGUGGGGAGACCACCCACACUCUCCGUGAUGGACAGACUUUCAGAGAUACACGGCACGGCCACCCUCAGCUUCAGCUCCGCCCUCGCAGCCCAAGUGGCGGCCCGGUCUCACUCUUUCACCACCAUGGAGGAGCAGACAUUCGGAGAUGAAGAUGAUCAGGAAGAAGAUAGGAUGACCUCGUAUACUUUGGUACAGAAGCAAGACAAACAGGAAGAGGACUAGACAACUCACAGGUCUGCUUUAUCAAAAAUCAGUGUAGGCAAGGAUAUUUAUUUGAGGAUUUUUCUGUUAUUUAUUGAAAUUCUCCUUAACAAAUACCCAAUUUUUAGUUUUUUUUUGUGACGUGUUGAAAUGUGUAUGUAGUUUUGUUUUAUCCUUUCAGAGUUACUGUAUUUUUGUAAAAGUUUACUUGGUUGUCGUCACGAGUCAUUACUUCUAAAUCAACCAUUCAUCGCUCUCCCUUCCCACAAUUCCCCUGGGCAGCUACCACCAGAGAGAGAGAGAGAGACCCGUGAAAGCACUCUCCACUCCCGCUCAGGGAUUCUGCUUCAGUGUAGGGUUCACUCAGUCCGGACCCUAACCCAAACCGGUCGUCAUGCCCUGGGUGGAAUCCUUUGCCUUUCCUGAAGGAUUUGGGGGCCAUAUUUCUAUACUUUGCUGGCUAUUCAGAGACUCUGUUUAUGGUGCAAAUGUUUCUCCUAGGAAUUCCACAGGCCAGUGCUGAGGGGAUAUUAGAGGAUUCAAAUUUUAAACAUUUCUGCUUUUUAAUGUGCUAAUUUUGGGGUUAACCCCCAAAGUAACAGCUGGAUGGAUUCCCCUCCAUGGUCUGCCAAUUCAUUCAGGUAGCCUUGCUAAUUGAGGAAGGGAAGGGGGUUGUUCAGGUUCAUAUAUAGUAGCAGUUUGGGUCGUGGAAGGAGGGGGAAGGAGAAUGUUAAUGUGUUUACAAUCCAUGGAAAAUUCUCAGGUACAUUUUCUCCUCUGCAAGCCGUGCUCCGAAUGUAAAGAUGUUACUAAGCGCGUGAAUGUGUCUUAUUGUCUCUUGGCAGAGGGCGCCCUAUACUUAUUGUAGUGGCAUUUUAUGAGCUGAUUCACCAAAUGUGCAAUCAAAAAAAAAAAAAAAGUUUUUUUCCCCCUCUUUAAAAAUGUGCCCCAUGUGGUUUGGCAUGCUGUUGGGCCUGCACGGCGCUCCAGGGCCAUCUCACUCACGCUUUCCUCUACAGCUGUGAGGGCCCCGCUCUCCUUUAUGAAGUUUACCGGCAAGUCUGACGGGUCGUCACAUGGGACCUUCAGAUAUCGGGUGAAUGCUUACAGUGACAGUCUGGGGUUUCAGUGGGUGGGGGGAGGGCAUUUCUGUAAACCAGUGGUAUUUUAUCUGUACAUUGUCUGUUUCCUUAAGCUUUUCAUGAGUGAGGCAUGCUAUUUCAAGAACUCUGGUGCACAAAAGUCUUUCACAAGGGACUGUGGGUAGACGAGAUAAUGCAGCAUGUGGCCAAACUACUGUCACAUGGGUUAGUUUUUUUUUUGUCCUCCCAACUGCACUCACUCAAUAUUAUUGUGAAUCACUGAUCCUCCACAGAAUCUGACUCCCACAUGCUGCCAUCCUCUAAUUCAUCUCUUUCUGACUCCCUCUGCUUUUUAACUGAGUUUUAUUUGACACCUGUAAGAAAACAGAGAUAAACCUUUAGCUACACUAAUUGGUGGACAAUUCUUUGCCUGGGAUUUGUUUUUGCUAACAAAAGUUUUAUUCUGUUGAGCACUAAAAUGGUAUUAUUAUGAUAAUCGGAUGAUACAGGAAUGAAACAUUUGUUUUAUAGUUUCCGGUGUGACGGUAAACCAGAUUAAACAGUCUUGCAUGCGAAUGAGAUGGAUUCGAGGAAUAUUACGUCACUGGCCACCUCACUUUGGACAAUUGGUGUCGCGGGGCAGCUCUUUACCGCUUCACAGCCAGCACCAGUGCUACUAUCCUCUCUAAAUGCAGCCAUCCCGGUAUCAUCAUCAUUUUGUUUCGGGAGCUUUCCCUUCCUGCCUCCAUCGUCUGGGUGGCGCCGAACCUGUAGGAGCCAACCCAGGGUCCGCUGACUCCCUGUCUGGGUCUCUGUGCUUCUCUCUGCCUCCUGUUUGCCUUGUCCGUCUCUAUGACACUUCAGCCAGUGAAGUUAGUUGCUGUUCCUCUGUACUUCUCAUCUGAUGAAUAAAGUAACCUUUUAAGGACA